UUAUUUUUACACGCAAAAAAAAUAAAAAAUUCGCAUUCGUCGGCUAAAAUCAUAGUCCAUGGUCCGAAAGUCCCAGAGACCGGAGUAAGUGGUCCGUACUCAACCUCCUCUACAAAUCCAUUAACCAUGAGAUCUGGGGACUCGCAAUAGACGCUGUUUGACCCCCACGCUUAUCUCACCCUCCAUUUUCCUCCUAAUAUUCGUCAACUGAAAAUUUGUGUCUGACCCUCUACAAGAUUUACCGGAGCUUUCCUCAGAUUUGGUCCACCUUUUGCAUUGACUGUCCGAAAACCAGCACAGAUUUUAACCUCUGGUUCCGUGGGAGUUCAGAGCAGUCGAACGACUCAGAUCAGAUGGCGGAUGGGACUGGUAAUUCGCAUUACGUUAAGCUGACCAAAGAUCAAGCGCCUGUGGAAGAUAUUAGGCCUGGAGAGCUUAAUCAGCCCAUUGAAGUCCCUCAGUUGAAUGUGCGCAAGUGCAAUGAAUGUGGGCAGCCUCUCCCUGAAAGCUUUGAACCUCCUGCUGAUGAACCUUGGACAACUGGGAUCUUUGGCUGUUCUGAAGAUAGAGAUAGUUGCUUGACAGGACUAUUCUGUCCAUGUGUUUUAUUUGGCCGUAAUGUUGAAAGCUUAAGAGAAGAUACCCCUUGGACUACACCUUGCAUGUGCCAUGCAGUUUGCAUUGAAGGUGGCAUGGCUGUGGCAGCAGCAACUGCGAUCAUCCAUGGUGUUGACCCGAGGACUUCAUUUCUCAUCUGUGAGGGACUAUUGUUUGCUUGGUGGAUGUGUGGCAUUUACACAGGUCUUGUUCGGCAGUCAUUGCAAAAGAAAUAUCAUCUGAAGCCUUCUGUCAGUUACUGGACGUGGAACUCGCCGUGUGAUCCAUGCUUGGUGCACUGCUGCUUGCACUGGUGUGCUCUGUGUCAGGAGCACAGGGAGAUGAAGGGGCGGCUCGCAGAAAAUGUUGUGAUGCCGAUGACGAUCGUGAACCCUCCCCCUGCUCAAGAGAUGAAGUCCGGUGAUGACCACCAGCCUUCUGCGCCAUCCUCUGCUAACAACAACAGCGAGCAUACAGAUUUGGAAAUGCAGCCAUUGUAGUGGCCUUCUAUUCCAUGUGUUAGCGUAGGUUUACUCAUUAUUGUAAAAAGUAUUGGAACCACAUACUCGAGCUAUUAUAGAUUAUUAUAUCUAUACCUUGUCACUCUAGAGAGAUAGACAGCGAGAUACAAAGAAUUUAAACCGUCGACUUUCUGAACCAUACAUGUUGAAAAGCUUCUCGCUUUUGGUGGUUGUUGAUUUGGCAUUGCGUUUGGUGGUUAUUGAUUUGGCAUUUAGUUUAUUUGAAUCAUUAUGAAACGUGCUUUUAUAA